AUGUUUUUAGUUCACAGAAGCCGGACAAAGAAAACUAAGAAAAAAAAACCUACUUUGGGGUUCAGAUCAGAUUGUUAUACACUUUCUGAAGGAUCUUCAACGACCAUAGGUUGCUCUUCGAGUCAAUACAUCGCCUUCUCGGGGACUUGGUCUUGUGAUUCCUGUUCUGGUAGCGCGUCUGUGACCUCUAGAAUGAACUCUCAGUGUGGGUACGGCACCUCCUGUACGAUACAAGCCAGCAACACCUGGCUUGGUGGAGACCCGUGCUCAGGGUGUGGUAAAACACUGAUCUAUUACUACAGCUGCUCAUCAAUUUGGGGGAAUUGGCAGUCAUGGUCGUCAUGUCCAGCUGAUUGCAUUUCACAAAACUUACAGAGGACCAGACAGUGUCUAAGGCCUUUAGGGAGCUGCUGGGGGACUACUCCUACACAAACCAUACCUUGCCUCCUGGACGGCUGCGCAUCAUCCACAGAAAUCAGCAAAACUACACCAGACGACCAAACUUACGUUAGUUUGACGUCCAACUGUUUGGUAGCCAUGGGGAGGACAUAUCUGAAAUUCAGAGCAAGAGCAAACAAUGACAUACACAUUGCCAUCGGUACUGCCGAUUGUGAUAACUGUGGUUCACAUUAUGAAAUCAUUUUUGGGGGAUGGGCAAAUACCAAAUCUGUCAUCAGGUAUGGUAUAGAUGGUACAGAAUGUGACUCGCACACGCUGAAUAUUCUGGACCAAACCUUCUUUGAUGAGUUUUGGAUUUCAUGGUCCGGAGAUAUCCGUGCGGGCAACGGUAAGACAGUCGGCAGUUAUAUGAUCUUGAGCUGUACGCCGUCCUCUCCCUUCGGAGCCAAUUAUAUUUUGAUCAAGACAGGAUGGGGUUCAGGCGGCGAAUGGAGAUUUCCAGACGAUGUUUCUUGCAUACAGGGGAAAAACGGUAAUGUUGACAUCACUGCUGACAAGACUGGCUGCUAUGAAAACAGCACAUACGCAUGUGCGUCCGGAUACAAACAAACUGCAGGAAACACUCAACGUACUUGUGGGUUUGGACAGAUUUGGUCUGGAUACCCAUUGGUUUGUUCAGUUUCAACUUGCACAAUCGACAUUUUAUUCAUCAUAGAGGCUUCCUCACACACCUCCUCCAUUUACUCAGCAUUAGUAUCGGCCAUUGGCGAUUUGGCGGGAAUGCUGAAAAUUUCAACGAGUGAUAUACAAGUUGGGGUUAUAACCUAUGACGAUACAGUGGACCAGAAUAUUAAGUUUAACUCUCAUUCUUAUGCAUCUUCGCUGGACAGUGCUAUUACGUCAUUAACAAUAUCAAAUGCUUCUUCCUCUGUGGACCUGGCCGAAGCUUUACGUGUCGGAUUUUACGAGUUCUUUACAUUGGCAAAUGGAAACAGAUUUGAAGCUUACAGACAUUUUGUUCUUAUCUCUAAAACACAUUCUCCAAACGGUUUAGUUGUGGCAAAUGCUAUUCAACAAAUCUCAAAGAAUCAAGUUUUUACAAUUGGCAUUAAUCCUUCCUCAACUUUGAUCACCGAACUUAAGGCGAUUGCUGGAGAUGACAGCAGAUACUGGCAAGUGAGCUCCCCUUCAGAUCUAUAUCCGAAAUUCAAUGAUAUUCUACAGAAAAUCGCUGUUUGUCCAACAACACCUCUCCCCGAUCCCGUCACAGUAGGCUGCAAACUGGACAUUGCAUUUAUAAUUGAACGCUAUAACAUGCGUUUUUCAAAAACGUUUUUGGCUGGAUUAAUGGAGGAUAUUCCAAUAUCUUCUGAUGGGGUAAGAGUGGGGUUUGUCACAUAUGAUUCCGUGGCAUCAAAAGAGUUUGGGCUUAUGACUUAUACAACCUCUGAAUCUGCAAGGGGAGCAAUCGAAAAUGUGCCUGUCAGAACUAGCUCUGAUCUCUUUGUAUACCAAGGAUUAAUUACAGCUCGGGACAGCGUGUUUACUGCCCUUGAUGAUCGUGAGGAUGCCAAUAACCAUUACGUUUUUGUUGUGGGACCAUUUUACAGUGAAACAGCUGCUGUGUCGCGCGAAAUCAGGGCCAGUGGGAAUAAUUUUGUGUUUGCAGCUCAUAUCGGUUCAUCUUUUCAAUCCGAAUACAAGGAAUCUGUUGAUUCUUGUGGUAACUACACAAGAUAUACAAAUGCCGAUUCAUAUGAUAACCUGAUGACCAUCAGACAACAGUUUAUAGAGAAAAUCACUUCAUGUGAAGCAAGCAUUGGAAGAACUCAAGAUUGCAAAAUCGACGUAGCUUUCAUAAUUGAUGAUACAGACACAAUCAGCGCUUCUAUGUUCCAGGAAAUGAAAACCUUCAUUGUCAGUCUUGUCAACAAAAUGGUUAUUGGCGACAAUGCGAUAAAAGUAGGGGUUGUGACGUAUGGUGACGGAGCCGCAACCGCUUUUCCGCUGAAGCAGUAUUCAACUGCUUCAGACCUGAUGAGUGCUACCAAAAACAUUGCCCAAAGAAACCCGGCCUAUAGUAGAACUCAGCGCUGUGUAGAGAAGGCCAUUACAUACACACAACAGGACUUCUUUACCACGGGGAAUGGAGAUCGUGCUGACGCAACGAACUAUUUUGUCGUACUUACGUACGGGGGAACUUGUGGAUCCAAUUUUACAGAAUAUAUAUCAGUAUUACAGUGCAAUACCUCGAUCGAUAUUUUUGUAUUUGGUGUUAAUAUUACUUCCAUUGACGACGCAGACUAUCAGGGAGCCGUCAGCCAAGGAAGAUACAAGAAGGCUACCAGUUUCAUCGCCCAUCAAUGUGACAGUACCGUGUUCACCACCAUCACUCAAUGUCAAGGACCGACCUCUACCCCUACCACUUGUACAACCGCUACUUCCACCACAGAUUUAUCAACUACAGUUAAUACUGUUGCUAAUACAGAUAUAACUACCGAUUCAUCUACUACCCAUGCUGCUAAUAGCACGUUUGACGAGAAGAAACGUGGGUCUGUUGUGAAUUGGACAAUUAUCAUCAUCGUCAUCCAAAUCAUAGUUCUGGUUCUAGGAACCGCAAUAUUUGCAUUUUUGUGUAAAAGAUGCAAUAAAGGUAAAUUAGUGCCUUUAAUUUACUUUAUUUAGAAUGUAAGGUAAAAAGUUGAGUGCCUGCAUUCAUUGA